UUGACCUAGCAACCAACAGCCGAUGAUCAUAUCAAUCAUACAUAUCAUUAUACCUAUUACUUCCAUACCGACUACUCUUUUAAUCGGUCCCUAAUACCUAUUCUAUUUGUAUUGAUUGUAUCUAUUGCCUUCCUUUUAGCUCUAGAUCUGGAAUAUAACCACAGAAUUCUCCUGUAUAUAUAUAUUCUUUAUAUCACUGUAUCGUCACUCAACCAGAACAAAUGUCUGCCACACCCAAGAGGCCGCUGUCGGCCGCGCAGGGUCGGUCUUCGUCGAACGAUAGCUCUUCACCAUCGUCGAGACAACCUCGGGCAUCCACACCGACUUCUACCAAUGGUGCGGGUACCAACAGCACCCCGCAAAGAACACGAUCCAGCCGAGGUGGCACACCAGUUUCAGCGCGAGCCGCUGCCACUCACCGAACAACCUCAUCACUAAGCAUUACCAGCAAUGCUGAGAAUGCUGAGGCGCGCGCCGAAACUGUUGCAUUAAUUGAGGAUUUGAAAGAAAGACUGCAAAAGGCCGACGCUGGAUCUGAGGAGUACAGAAAGAAAGCCGAGGUUCUUCAAGCACGACUCGACGAUGCUCUUAAGGAGCAGGCCAAGUUAGAAGAAAGGGUGCAUGAGGGCGAUGAGCAGAUUGAAACUCUGAGAAAUGAAAAGCGGGAGGCCGCAAGGCAGAUGCGCGAGAUGGAAGCCAUCUACGAAGCGGAGAGAAGCUCUAUGAUGAAGGAGAAGGAAGAGAUGGCUAACCGAGAGGAGGAGAUGCAGUCAGUCAUUAAUAGGCUCAAGGAGACACUGAAUCAGCGGAACGCAGAUGACGAACAUCGCCCAACUAGGCAAUCAAGCAAUUCUUCUCCCAGCGUAGACAACGGCAACUUCGCCCCGCCCUCUUCCGUCCAGCGCAGCGAUUCUAGGAACAACUCCAAGUUGCUGCUACAGAAAGACAAGCUCAUCGAGUCACUACGUCUGGAGCUUGCAGAGGCCCAGAUCAAGCUUGUCGAGACCGAGAACCAAGGUGGCGGGAGAGUGCAUGAGGUUGAACGCUUGCUCAUGGAGGCACGCAUGGCCAACGCACGGCUGAUGGAAGAUAACGAGUCUUAUCAGCUACUACUUCAGGAGAAGACGCUUCAUGGCGACUUCGGUAAGGGCGAUUUCAACUACAUGAACGUGAACGCCAACCAAGAUGCAUUGAACGCCCUAGAAGGACGAUCCAAUGCUGGUGAUAACCCAACCACACCGAUAACCAGCCUAGCUGAUGAAUUGGGCGCUCUUGGCGAAUCUCCCAAGGCCGUCGAUGAUGAGCUCACGCGGCGUCUUGAGACCGAACUACGUGCUGCAAAGGAUCAAAACAAGGCCCUCACAUUGUAUAUUAACAAGAUCAUUGAGCGGCUCCUACAGCACCAAGAGUUCGAGCACAUCCUCGAUCAAUCCUCUGACUCCAAGCCUGGCGCCAAUGUGCACAAGGACCUUCCACCGCCUCCAUCGGAAUCCAAUGGCGCAGCCUCAUUCUUACAACGAGCCAAAUCUAUCGCUAUUGGCAACCCUGGCCCGAUUCGACCCAAGCCAAGGCCCAUGACUAUGUCACCCAAAGCCCAUUCCCAUUUCGCAUCCGCGCAUCACAACCCAGAGACGGCGCCUAGCAUUCCUAUCUCGGGUCUUGGGCGCUCGCACAGCACUCGCCGCCUUGGUCGGCCCAUGAGUGAGCAGCUCACUGGCGCGGCCGGCAUUGUGAAUGCCAUGUAUAAGGGCCCAGAUGGUCCCCUUUCCCCCACUCUCAGCACGACAUCGUCGUCAGCGGCACGUCACUCCCAGACGUUCUUCUCAAAUAGAACCUCGUCUUCCAUGGCUAAUGGCUCUGCGGGUAACUUCCCGGGGAUGCGCAGCGAGACCAGCAGCGUCAGCGGGGACUCAGCUGCAGAUGGUACUACGGGCACUAUGACGACGGCAAGCCAGAGCCCUCCUAGGACUGUGGGUGGCUAUGAGAAGAGCACCUUAGCUGGAAACAAACCUCGUCCUUUGAGAUUAGUCCAGGAGAAGGAUGAAAAGGAGAGGAUUGAGAAUAAGCGUGCCAGCUGGAUGGGUUGGGCGUUUGGAAAGAAGGAAGAGUUCGAGGCGUUGCGAUGAGCUACCCAUAUAUAGACGUAGCGGCAAAGGGUCUGUUUCAUGACUUGAGAGAACUGAGGGAAGGGGGAAAGAGGAAGAUGCGGUGUGGUAAUCUGAGAAUGAGAAAAGAAGUGACCUCGACAGAACGUUAAAGGGCAUGAAUUGGAAGGGAGAAGAGAAGAGAGAU